AUGUCGCCCACAUCGCCCACUCCUGCGAAUUAUGACCACAAGCUACGCAGCUUGACACCUGUGGAGAGGUCAGAAGCAAUGGAACAGAACGACAUCUCGAUAGACAGUAACACGAUUGUGGAAGUGAGCUUGCGAUUAGAGCGUUUCGUGAUAUGUGUGGCUGCAGCGCUAGCCGCAUCCGGAGCUUUUCUAUUCCUCAUGUCGAGGAAGGCCACUCUUAAGAUCUUAGAAGGAAGUGGUGAAGAGUUAUCACGAGAGGUGAAUGACGUUGUGGACAACUAUAAGUCGCCACAUACCUCCACAACUGCAGCUUGUAUCCUGGCGACCAACCUGCUCGAGUUCACUCCGUACUAA